CGGAGAGGAGGCUUCUCUCUUCAGGAGGGAGGAGAGAGGAGCGCACGGAGGAAACUACUCUGCUCGCUACUCGGCACAAGAAAAAUGACCCGGGCACAACUCGCUGGAGUCCGUAGGGAAACCAUGAAGCGACCUUAAGUGUGUGUGUGAGGCUCGGUUCUCCUUUUUUUUUUUUUGGGACAACAGGAAAGGAGGAGAAGUGGAGACGCUCCGUGCGCAGGAGCCUCUGUUGUUGCCAGUUUCUCCGAGAGAGGAAAAAGAACGCGUUCCGCAGAGAAAAGAGCCGGAGACGAAGUUUGUGCAGGAUGCAGGGGGUUUCAGCUACUGACCUCCCUGCCUCUGCUCUGCAGUACCAGUGUGGAUCAGUGGACUACCUGUGUUCUCCACAGCUGGCUAAGAAAGGUCCGACCCCCAGACCAUGUCACGACAGGCCCGCCAUCAAACCCCGGCCCCAACCCUCCUCCUCACCCAGACCGCAGACCGCACAGAAACCUCAAGUGCCCCCUAAACCUGCGCACCUGCUCGCCCUCGGGCAAGACAAGAAACCUAAGAGGAUCCCCCCAGCGCCCUCCAGGCCUUUGCCAGCACCCCCUCCUCCACCGAAACCAAAGCCGACUCUGCCCCCUCCUGUCCUGGGAGUACAGCCGCAGAGGGAGGCCCAGAAGGUGGGGCUGCUCAUCGAGAGGUUUGAGAAUUCAAGGGUCCCAAUCCUGGGGGUGCUCCCACGGUCCCAGCUGCACCUGUGCCUGAGAAUGGACACUGCGAACGACAUCAACUCCUCCUGCGGCCAGGACACGGCGGCGAAGGCUGCAAGAGACUCCUCCGCUGUGGACAAACUUGCACUUGGCAACUCCGAACUAACUCCGGAGGGGUCUGAACUCUCCUGCCUGGCCUCCAUGCACAUCGACGGCUCCGAUGAGGCUCCGCUGGACGAGUGCGCGGAGGUCGACCUCACGCAUGGCAUCGGUUGCCUUGACGACGUGGAGCGGGAGGAAGGCUCCUCCCAUGAGCUCCUGGACAAUCCGGACUCCUCGGAGCAGAACGGGAAAAUUCCCAACCGGGACAGCGGCAUCGACAGCCCGUCAUGUGCCGCGGACGGGGAGGUGUUCCCCAACGAGGACGCCAUAGACGAGGAGGAUCAUUACGACAGCGUCACGGAAACGGAGAGCGUGUCCUGCUGUGUUACCCUGGGCAACAAGCGAGACUCAACGCAGGAUGAGGAUAGUGACUUGGACGAGGGGAGCAGUGGGGAGAUGCACCCUCUGACAGACACACAGACUGGGUAUACAGCAGACACAACGUCAGAGGCAUACAAAUGCUCAGAGGCUCAGAGACUCCUGAACAUCGCCAACGAGCUUCUCCACACCGAAGAGGCCUACGUCAAGAGACUCAACCUCCUCGACCAGGUAUUUUGCACUAAGCUCACAGAGGCUGGAAUCCCUCAGGACGUCAUUACAGGGAUCUUCUCCAACAUCUCCUCCAUCUACUGCUUCCACGACAAGUUCCUGCUCCCCGAGCUCAAGACACGGAUUACAGGAGAGUGGGACUCGAACCCUCGUAUUGGAGACAUCCUCCAGAAACUGGCUCCGUUUAUGAAGAUGUAUGGAGAGUAUGUGAAGAACUUCGACCGAGCGAUGGACCUGGUUAACACCUGGACGCAGCGCUCUUCACAGUUCAAGAGUGUUGUCCAGAAUAUACAGAAACAGGAUGUGUGUGGGAACCUGACGCUGCAGCACCACAUGCUGGAACCAGUCCAAAGGAUUCCUCGCUACGAGCUGCUGCUCAAAGACUACCUGAAAAAACUGCCUGACGACGCCCUCGACAGGAAAGACGCAGAGAAGGCGGUGGAGCUGAUCUCUACUGCAGCGAACCACUCCAAUGCAGCAAUCAGGAAAAUGGAGAAGAUGAACAAGCUCCUGGAGGUGUACGAGCGGCUCGGGGGGGAGGAGGACAUCGUUAACCCCGCCAACGAGCUCAUCAAAGAAGGACAUAUCAAGAAGAUGUCGGCCAAAAACGGAACGGCACAAGACCGAUACCUCUACUUGUUCAACAAUAUGGUGCUGUACUGCGUGCCUAAACUCCGACUGAUGGGACAGAAGUUCAGUGUCAGAGAGAGGAUUGACAUCGCCGGCAUGGAGGUUCAGGAGAAUGUGAAGCAGAACCUUCCUCACACCUUCGCCAUCAUCGGCAAGCAGCGCUCACUGGAGCUGCAAGCCAGGACAGCUGAAGAGAAGGAAGAUUGGAUUCAGGUGAUCCUGGCCACGAUCGAGAGGCACAAGCAGAACAGCGAGACGUUCAACAAAGCUUUCAACAGCUCCUUCUCUCGAGAGGACGACCACCUCCCUGACUCACCGGGUCCCUGGUGCAGCCAAUCCAUGGACUCGGACAGUGAAAGACUGCACGAGAGGAAGAGUUCCAGGAAAAAGGACAAAGAGAAGCAAACAUGUAAAGGCUGCAACGAGAGCUUCAAUUUCACCAAGCGCAAACACCACUGCAAGUCCUGCGGAGCGGCCAUCUGUGCAAAGUGCUCAAAGACCCUGGACAACAAAACGAGCCGAGUGUGCCCAGAGUGUUUCGAAGCGAGCCUCAGUCUGGAGAAUCUCGGAGUCAGUGAACAGAAGAGGAAAGCAGCGCCUGAGAGACAGUCAUCUCUAGUGGGGGAGAACUGUUUAAUGAGCGGCCACCUCCAAGUGCAGGAGAAAGGGAAGAGCUGGAACAAGAUGUGGGUGGCUGUCACCAAGGCUGAGCCACUGGUGCUGUUCUUGCAGAGCAGUGGGCAGGACUCUAAAGGGGCGCGGGCGGUGCCUCUCCCCGGGUUCGAGGUGAGCGCGUCGCCGCCAUCGGCAGCAGAGAAGUCCGAGGGGAAACACGCAGUCCGGCUCACUCACGCGCAGCAAACUUUGCUCCUAAGUGCCCAAGAUGCAGAAGUUCAGGCCAAGUGGAUCGACGUCCUCUCCAGAGCUGCACGCGGAGAAUCGCCCACGGAUUCGUCGACCAGCCUGACGGAACACAGGAAGAGCCAGUAGUGGCCAAAAGGAGCCAAAGGACUCGUGCCCACUCCUUCCCUCCUCCCUCCCUCUCCUGUGUAUAGAGCACACAUUACUUGAAUUCACUUUACCUUGGCACUUUUUGUUUUGUUUUCUUUUGUUUUCUUUUGAAAGGACCACUCAAUCCUUCCCAUGCCACUUCAAUCUUACUUUCAUCAUCACACAGCUUCUUCUUCCUCUCUUUCCAUCUUUCCGCCCGUCUUGGACAAACAAACGAAUAGAAGGACUGUGUUAUCGUGCCGCCGACACCACUGUAUGCACACGUAUGUGUUGUUAGGAUAUUUUAUUUCUCUCCGUGUUUUCAGCAGCCGGAGAGGAACGUUGAAGAAGUCAUGUUUUAUUUGUAAUAUAGCUGAAUAAGGUUCCUGUAUGAUUUUUUUUAAUUAAUAAUGAAGUUCCUUGUACAUGAUGCGACUGUGUUGUGAAGCAUUAACUCUUCCAUUUGUGUGUGUGUGUGCGUGCGUGCGUGUGUGUGUGUGUUUGAGUGUGAGCCCACUCCCAUGUUUAUUAAGUAUUGAAUGUUAGUGUAAGAAACCUGCGGCACCUCUCUGUCUUCAUCAGUCCUGUGUGCGGACACAGUGGCAGUUCAGUGGGUAUUGUACAGUAUGUAAACUAUAGUGUGAUGCAAGGAAACAAAGAAAAGAAAAGACAUUUUAACUUAAAAAAUAACGUUGAUGGAUGAAAAGAUGUGUAAACUUGUGGCUGGCCACCUGAUGCUCCCGCUGUCUGCUCCCAUCUGACAGACUCUCGCCUUAUGCUCUCCUGUUCUUUAACCUGAGUCCCAUCGGCCACGUCUCCUGUGACUCGUCCAGAAUGGGAUCAAUUCUGAGCCAGGUUCAGAAAAUACAGCAGUAAAAUAAACCCUUUCCAUGUACUUCUCUCUUUCUCGCAGCAUAGAAUCGGAUUGUCUGCUUCUCCCUCCCCCCCCCGUCAGUGAUGUGAUGGAAACCAAGUACUGUACUGUAGAGCUGUUUAAUCUGCCUUGCCCCGCCCCCCCCGGUCCCCUGCUCCUAUCAGCACCAGCCUUUAAGCAAAAGUAGCAAAAAAAAAUCUCGUCAUUGGAUCUUUGUGCAUGUAAAAUCACUCAUAUUUAUGUACCGUGCUUUGAAAUAUCGCCCCCGCCCCCCCUCCCCCUUUUUUAAUGCUCCAGAAUUCAUUCUUGUCGUACUGUAAGUGAGCAGAGUCUGCAUUGAGUGUUUUUGAACAUGGAUUGUGCACAGUGGAAAAGCAGUCAAGCAUAUCAUCAAUAAACCGAUGUUGUGGUUCAUUCAGUACCACGCUGUCCGAGCAGA